AACACGACCUACUAUUUACACCUUUGCAGCUUUUCCGGCAACCUUCCCACCGCUCUGAUGGCCGCAGAUGAUAGUCUCGCCGGCCUGCAGGCCUUGCACCGCGACCUCUGUAGCCUCAUUGAGUUGAAGCUUCCAGUGCUCGAUCGGCUCGUCGUCAAUCUUGAAGCCCGGCUUGAUGAGCUCAGGGCGCUGCUUGAGAAGAAGCCUAAGAACGAUGCCAGCAGGAAGACGCUGACUUCCGGACAAAUCAAAAUUGGCGAAGAGGAGUAUAGCGUCAACGAUGAGUUCAAACAGCGCACCAUCGAGCUUGCAGACUUCCUGGAUCUUGACGAGUUGGAUGCCGCAGCGCUUUUUAUGGGCGCCGAGAAUGAAGCUAAAGACCUGGACCGUUCUCAGGAGCAAACAGCCAUUAUACGAUUUCACCGCCGUCGAGAAUAUGCGUUGCUCUGCAUCCGACUCAUGACAAAGGCCGCACUUGAAGACGUUGAUACCGAGUUAGUGGGCUUUGAGGUAUUGCUCAAGGCCGUACAAAUCAUUAUUGGCGCCGAGGGGGAAGUCAACACCGCUUAUAAAUUCUGGGCUCGCUGCUUAGCUGCCAUGGAGUCAAUCGAAAACUGGUUGCAACUUAUUUUCGAGCGCCUUCAGAGUGCCCAAGUCGUGGGGCAGGUUCCUGUAUCAGGUCUUGCUGAGAUAAUGACAUUUCAACGCCAGAGCCUGACCCGGCAGCAUGAAAGUCUUGCCGCUAUCUGCACCCAUAUGAUUAAGCAGAACUUUGCCAACCGCGACAAUUUCAAUGCUCUGUUAUCCAGGGUUAAGACCCUCGAGCGGCACGACAUUAUCACUAUUCACUACGUUCCGAUGGUCAUGCGACUGACCUCAUGGGUUGCCCAGGAAUCGAACACUCCGACUCGGGAUGCGCGUCCUCUCCACAAGACAUUGAUGGCGGGGAGAGAGAGCGAAAAUUGGCCUCUGCGUAGCUUUCACUCUUCCAUCCUGGCUUGGUGGCUGGCUGAAUAUAGUGGCCGGUACAUGGACCCUAAUCCGCAUGACUUGGACCUGCAAGGUGUGGACUUCGACGAAGAAGCCAACGCACGUUCUGAGGCAUUCCUGACCAUGCUCAAUGAUGGCGCUUUUCACUUUAUGCUUUCAGUCGGCCAGGACAUGCGACCGACAAGGUGGUACGAUCCUACGAAAACCAGCAUGAUAUCAUCAUUGUUGCAGGAUACCGCCGUCUUGUCCAGCGAGGUUGCCCCUCCCGAGGAUUCUUUCAAGGAGCUCGUCAUGGACCAGCUGCAAACCUUUGUGGACGCUUUCAUCACUAACAUGCCAGACACCUUGCGAAGGCUCAAGGCAGAAGAAGACGACCAACGGAGACGCUUGCAACUGUCCUUUCAUCGGACAGCAGCUGACCAACCUCUGCAUCUCGAGAGGUUCCUACUUAUUGUGUCAUACGCAUAUGAUGGUGCCCCGGGUGCAGCCGAGUACUUUUGGAGCGACAAGGAGAGCAACCUCUAUGGCUUUCUCCAGUGGGCGGCCAAGCGCCAACCUACCCCCCGUAUCGCCAUGUUCUGCGAAAUGCUCCGCUCGAUUUCUACUGGCCAGAGUAACGCCGACUCUGCCCACAAUUUCCUGCUAGAGGAAGGAGUCUCUACAUCGGGAAAGAUAAGAAGAACUAGUUCUCUCAGCUAUACCCACAUAUUCAAUGAACUGCUUGAGUUCCAAAGCAGUAUUCAUGAACCGAAGAAAACCAUCCAGGGGGCUCUCUAUGCGCCCACAAACCCCGUCGACGACAUUGUGGAGCCAGAAACGGCGACAAUGCUGCAGAGCUACCUGCGCCUCAUUUCACAUCUCUGCAGAGAAAGUCCUGGCGCUAGGUCCUGGAUGUUGUCUGACCAAGUCGAAUACAAUAUCGUGGGUAUCUGCUUCAGCUUAUGCACAGAUAAGGUGGAUUCUCCCAUUCGAGCGGCUGCCUUCGAUGUCAUCUCUUCUCUACUUGUCGACAAAACACCUUCUAGCGCAACCGCAGUCUGGAAUAACCUGGAAGAGUGGGCCGUCUCUGGUUUCUAUGUAGGAUCGAAACAGCCCAAUCCUAUAGGCGAGCUUCCGAGGGAGGAACUUUGGACCACUCUGGCGAACGGUUAUGGCGAAUCCCUGGCCUUCAUCCGUCUCCUACAUUCUCUUAUGGAGCCCUAUCAGGACAACCUUGGUCUGAACGACUCUCUCCCUUUUCCGGAAGGCCUUGGUUCCACUCGAAGAAUGCCUGGCGUUCACAAAUUUAUCGACUUCGUAAUGCACGAGGUCUUCGCGGAACGUUCUCCCGAAAUACCGGAUACUUUGCAGCGGAAUGUCAUGAGAUGGACUUGUCUGCGCUUCAUCACCGUGUGUCUGUCCACGUUCAAUGAGAAUCUGGUGGUUCUUGCCAACAAGUCCAGCAUUGAUGUCGACUCUGUCAUUGACUCGUCAUCUCUCCGUGCUUAUGUCACCCUUCACCCCUUUGCAAGAGUGAUGGAAUGGCUUUUCAAUGAUAAGGUUCUGAGAGCUCUUUUCGCAUCUUCACAUCAUGAUGUUGAUGAGGUCGAUGCUGCUCCGUCCGACUCACCCCUUGUCCAGUCCUUAAUGUUGAGUAUUGAAGUUAUGGACUUGGUCAUGAAACUGCAGGCGACGUAUCUUGAUAUUGUAAAGCCGAUCAUAAAACAGCAGAAUUCCCUACAACAUCUCCAGAUUGGCAAUGUCUCAUUGGCGUCGUUCGAAGAUGCCGUUUUGACCAAUCUGCAACUCAUCGUCGAUCUCGGCCAUUACUGCGGAACAGGGCACGAGACACUUACCAUUGCGUCCCUCCACCUCCUCGAAAAAUUGGCAUCGUCUCGAAAGUUGGCAGUAUCUCCAGCGGGUUUCGGACAACGCUCAGGGCGGAGCAAAAUUGUCGGGAUAAUGGAGAAAGACAAUGAAGCGGAACGCAUUGGACGGAACCUUGCCGACCUGAUGCAAUACCGCGAAGAAGAGCUGGAAGCUGGUCCAGAAGCAUCGGGGUACAUACUGAAGCUCCGAGUUCUCGAAUUUUUGCGCAGCUGUCUUGUGGCGGUAACGAAUAGGCCCACCAUUGCUCACAUCCUUCUCGGCCUCACGUGUGACGGCACCACCGUUCGGGUUGCGGAAGAAAGUCUCUGGACCAACAAUAAGUCACUUUUCCAUUCUAUCCUCAUCCUAGCGGCAAGCUAUCCAGACAUCGAAGGCGGCAGUUUUGUGGCAUGGCGAUCCGAGGUCAAGGCAAAGUGCUGGGACGUCUUGCAGAAGCUAUGGAGUUCGCCAUUGACGAGCGCGGUUGUCAUGGAAGAGCUCCGCCUCAAUGAGUUGCUGUUUGUGCAAGCCCCCGAGUUGACUACCGUCAAUUUAGAUACACUCUGGGACGGCCUGCCGCUCGCUGUAGGCAUUCAAGAGCAGGCCGAGAAGAAACCUCUAUCGAUGUUCUUCGGUGGUGCUCCGGCGGCCGCCAUGCAAAACUUUCUCCAGAUACGAGCAGCGUUCCUUGACUACGCCUCAAGAGAGCUGCGGCUGGCUAAUAAGGAGGGCCUACCUACGGUGAAGUCCCGCAUCCAAUCUUUCCUGCUUGGCAUCACAUUGAUACCUGGGCCGGACGCACUACGGAACCCAAGUAUCUUUGAGCUGUUCGAUUUCAUCGAGUUCAACAUUCCAGAACGGAUGUUGCCAGACCCGAACGCUGUUGAGCUCCUCCAAGGAGUUGAUUUGGCCAUGUGUAAGGAGGAAAAGCAAGGGUUGGUCUUGUUCUCACUUCCCUUGCUAGAGCAGCUGUUCCUUCUGAAAUUGAAGAUCUGGAGGAAGAUGAAGGCGAACGAGAUGGCCACUGAGGGUCGUGAAGUUAUUCCCAAGACGACUGCAGAUCCAAAAACGGCCGCAGAACAGGAGAUGGCGAUGCUAAGAACCGCUGACGAGCUGAUGACUGUUUUCGCCGACUACAACCGCAGGGCUCAGCUCGUUCAUUACCACAAAGACAUCCUCCGCUCAUGGGUGCAGCUCAUGCGUAUUGCGAUAGAAGUCUGCGAUUUCGAAGCUACGGCCAGAACGAACUUUAUUAUUCAAACGUUCCAAACAAUACUACCAAAGCUCGAAUUAUCCUACAACAACGACAUAUUUACGGCUCUGCAGCUAUCCAGCCUUGCCGAAGCACUCCUACAAAAAGUGGAAUUCGAUGCAAACGCGUUCUCAAAGAGUAAGACUGGCGACUUUUCCAACGACCGGCUUUCCCAACUUUUCCGCGCUGGCCUAAUUGGGAUUUACUGCCCAGUAUCAAAUGUUGAGUUGCGAGAGUAUUGCUACCAAAUCGCCUUCCGAUACAUCCAUGCUACCUUCGCAGCUGCUACCAAAGGCUCUUCACUUGGGCGGCACACCUUGAAUACCGUGAAGCAUUGUGGGCGACACCUGUUGGAAGUUAUUUGCGACGACGCUUAUAGCGGGCAGGGCAGCUGCAAAGUAUCUGCAUUGCUCCUACUAACAGCGCUUGUUGCCAUGGCUACGCGGCAGGAGUCCAAGUAUAUCUUGGAGACGUUUAUGUCUCUUAAUCUUAUCGGAGUCCUUGUCGAUAACAUAAAGCAUAUUCCAGACGAACUGAGAGCGGCGGCUGCACCGCAGGUCUCUCUGCUUCUGACCUAUUAUGAUUGCAGCCUUUCUUUAUUGCUCAGAAUUUGCCAAACCAGACUCGGUGCAUCAUACGUACUCAACGCAGGCCUUUUCCAUUCCAUCCGCGAGUCAAAUCUCUUCAGCGUUGACCCCGAUAUUGGGCUAGGUAUUAGUUCCUCAUUCUCCUCUUCUGCCCUCGACUGACUCUUGAUCAACAGAGUUCGACAAGGAGGACGCCCUCCAAAAGUACUACGAGCUCAUUCUCGCGGUUCUCCGUGUGAUCAAU